UCUGGUUGAUUUGACAGAAUUGCUAACCAUUCUGUCCUGUUUUUAUUGGGGAAUUUCAUUUUAUAUGUAAUGUUUUAACUCGGGCAGAUGUCGUGGUUUUAUAGUUAUCGGUAGUUAACUGACACAGUUGGUGUGUUUUCUAUUCACAAACGUCGUCACCACGAGCUAGCCGCUUGUUAGUGAAUGAUGUGUAUAUCGCACCGCACGUUUCAUUCAUUUUGGCUAACGCUAGCUUGUAGCUGGUCGGCUUGCUAAUGUCAGGUACUUCUCGCUGCUGGACUUGGUUACAUACAGAGCUGCUUUAAUUUUCUGUUGAAGUAAGAGAACUCAGUCUCGUGUGUCAGCCACUUAACCUCUGUAACGACAGCUAGCCCGCACAGUAAAUUAGGUUAACUACUGUCGGUAACGUUUAUCUAUACAAACAAUUAUGGAUUAUGAACAUAAAGCGAAGGCAGUGGCUGACUGCCUGAUGAGCUACAAGAGGGACGAAUCCGGGUGGAAAGUCUGCAAGAAAUCGAACGACGUGGUCGUGUCAUGGCGUCCUUCAUCUGAGUUCCCCGGGAAUGUUUAUAAGGGGGAUGGAGUUGUCAGCGGCAGCCCGGAGAAAGUGUGGGAGUGUCUGAAACCAGUACCCAACGGGCUCAGAGUCAAGUGGGACAACAAUGUCAAAAGGUUUGAGCUUUUGGAACAAAUCACAGAGGACGUCUCUAUCUGCCGAACAGUCACGCCCUCAGCAGCUAUGGGUAUCAUAGCUCCACGAGACUUUGUAGAUGUAAUUUUAGUUAAGCAAUACGAAGAUGGCACCAUUUCAUCAAAUGCCACCAAUGUGAGUCACCCAGGCUGUCCUACCCAGUCUGGUUACGUGAGGGGAUUCAACCAUCCAUGUGGCUGCAUCUGUGUCCCCAUCUCAGGAGAGCCCAACAAAACCCAGGUGUUCAGUUUCUUCCAGACAGACCUGGGUGGCUUCCUCCCUCGCUCUGUGGUCGACUCGUUCUUCCCCUCCAGCAUGGCCGAGUUCUACAGCAACCUGGCCAAGGCUGUUAAAUCCCUCAAGGACCUCUGACACCAAGAGAUAAGAAACCUACUCUCACGCCUGAGGCCCAAUGACUGGUCAGACCAGACCUUCAUUCCAUUAUAAACAGUCCAAACUCAACAGCAAUCAACACGCUGACAUUAUCAAACAAUGACUUAAUCAAGUUUUAUGUUUAAUGUGCAUUCCUACAUUCCUGUGUUACUGCAGGUGCUCCCCCCUAUCUGAAAGCAGACGAGUCCCCAAAAUAAGAACGGAGUCUUCCAUCUUUAACUCAAAAACAGGGGACUCCAUUACACCCCCCCCGCCCCCCCCUGUGGGAUGAAUUUAUUUCCCUCAAAUCUAAAGAAUGGAAUUAGAUUUAAAAAAAAAAAACAAUCUAUAUUUGUACAUGUGCUAACAGUACCGAGUAUCUGGAGAUCUUUACAUUAUACCAGAAUCAUGUGACUCCGGAUCUUUCCUCAUCUAGUAUUCGCAUACUUCAGUGUGUACAGUAAACAUGCAUGUUGCAUGGACCUUUAUUUACCCUAUGCUGGUAUCAGAUUGUUGGUUUGGAGUUUACUGAUUCAUACCUCAUAUUUAGUUGUUUGUGUUGUACUUGAAAUGCCAUAGUUUUGCUCAUCUCCACUCACCUGUCAACCAUGAAUAUCUGCCUCUUUUAUCAGCUACACUGAAGCACAGGCUGGACAGCAUCAUGGCCUUUUUUUAAAACAAAGGCAGCUUUUUUUUUUUUUUCUAUCUGAAAGAAGGCCUUUUGAAUAGGAAAUGUUUAGCGCCGCUCUAUUGAGCAGGAAAGUGUCUUCCCCUUUUUUUUCAUGGCAUCAGUUUCUCAAGUACAUUUCUCUUUCUCUCUCUCUUCAUAAACAGUCCCUGAAACUCCUCAUGCGGCGGGAAGAUCAGAGCUAAAGCAACAUGCAGUUUGUCUCAGUAGAUCUGAGCUCGCUUCUCAAAGAUUCACUACAGCACAAAGGUGCUCAAAGCUAUGACAGUUUUCAUAAUUAAAGGGACGUGGAGAAAAAAAUCAAAAAGUAUUGUAGAUUCAGUCAUACAGUUCAAAUACUUUUUUUUUUAAAAAUCCAUAUGGACAAAGACCAAUGCAUGUGUCUAUGAUCCAGGUGAUAGAUAUACUAUGUGUAUUAGCAGUAAGAAGUGGAAGUAUAGUUCCAGUAUAUAGUUUGUCAUGCAGCUACCUCACUGUCUGCACAUUGUAGUUCAUAAUAAUAAGGCUCUGUCUGAGGAGCAGAAAUGGAAAUGUACUUGUGGAAGUUGAAGUAUGAUGAGAGUUUUUUCUUCAUGUUCAGAUCAGGACAUGUCUCAGCAGUCUUCUAUUCUUAUCUAACACUAAUAGACACAUGUAAUAAGUGGACACAGGUCCUUCGGCUUUGUUUUCACCAUGUUAUCUAGUUUUUUUUAAUAUUCAGGUUAGAGUGAAACACUUCACUCCUCUGUAUCUGCACACUAAAAUCAAUACUUAUAGCACUUAGGGGGGAAAAAAAUGAUCAUGUCUGUAUUUAAUAACAAUAUUAAAGUUGCUAUUGCUAAAAUGUUACUUAAACUUUAAAUAUUCACCUAAGUAUGCUAUCUAACAUAUACAAACUUAAGAUAUUCCACAACUGCCAGAAUCCUCUUCAGGUAUUCAGGAAAAAAAAAAAAAUGUAAGUGUCACCACAAAUGUACUGUACUUCUUUUAACCUCCAUACACUGAGGCUCACUUUGGUAGAGGAAGUAAGAUCAUCUAGAACGGCCUUCCCUUCAUCCCCUCUUCAUUAAAGACGGAGCGGACACAUCCUCAAUGAUAACUUAUGGAUUUUCUUACUGAACUACUUUAGAUUAAAUAUAUUGCUUGAACAUAAUUUAGCACCUUAUUAAGAAACAGUAUGAAACCAGUAUGUCUGAGAAUGAAGAUAUUAGAGGCUAGAUAUCAGAUUUGAACUUUCUAGUGACAUAUUACCUUCUUAUUCCAGAGCCAUUAUGUGUAUGAGAAGCCAUAUACUGUAGGGUGACAUGUUUUUUUUUUUAUUUUUUUUAUUAGGAGUGUGAAGAUUCCUUUAACCUGUAACAUCUUCUUACCUCAGUGUAGCCAGUCAUCUUAAUCUCAUCCCACCAUUUCCACGUGUGCUUGAGAUGUCGUUGCUUCCGUGUGGAUCUAAAGGCAUUUUUUUUUCAUGUGUGUUUACUGUUUAAAUGGAGCCUGCAGGUUUUGUUUUAUGUGAAAUUUGUCUCAAUGUACAUGCAGCUGCUAAAAUUGACACCCGAUUUACAUGAGGAACAUACACACAGCGAAACCAGAGAAGCACACAUUUCUGCCCCAAGUAAAUCAACACUGAAUCACCUUUUUUUUAAUCUCUCUUUUAUCAUUUACCUUUUUAUCCAUCGACUCCUGCCGUCAAUAAGUGUUCUUAUCAUCAGCUCUGCCCGCAUUGUGAUCACAUCUCACUGUGUCAACAGGCAGAAUCAACAAAGGUGACGCGGAUACUGUGGAGCGACUGGCUACAAGAUGUAAGGCGAGGGUUCACGUGAUUGGACUCUUUAGGCUGCUUUUCAAACACCUUGCUAACUGGGCCAAGAUGAUUUAUACAGUAGGAAUGCAAUCAGCCGGGAAGCCUGUUAGCGGUAGCGCUAGCUCGUCCGGUCACACAACCCUCGUCUUUCACGUUGUAGCGAGAGUCUCCUGCCUUUCCUCUUCAGGAAGAACUCGUCUGUAACUUUUUGACGGGGCAGCUUGAGAUCGCCUGACUUGAUGAGCAAUUUUUUUAAUUUUUUUUAUUUUUGAAAAUGUGGCCAAAUGUCAUUUAUAUUUAUUCUCUGAGAUAAGAUCAGAGUGAAUCAUCCAGAUGUGUUCUGACUGCAUUCCGUUUGCAUUCACACAUGCAACAACUUGUGUUUUUAGAGAUAAAGCUCACAUUCCCUGUCCAGCCUACAGGAAACACCUGCUGUUCAGACUCUUGUCUUAUCUGUAGAAUCACCAGCAGCAAGAGUUUUGAAAUAUUUAGAGCUAUCCUCACUACUAGAGGGCGCUGUUUACUAAACUUUACUCAACUUGUCCUCUGACAGCAGGAUAUACAAGUUUUCAUCAUUGGGGAAAAUAUAUUUUUAGUGAAAAUUGGCUUAAUCUAAUGAACUCCUUUCUAUAUUUAUACAUCUUUUAAAAAAAAAAAAAAACCCAAUGCAACAUGUUUCAAAGUGUGACCUCAUACAGUGCAGUGCAGCAGCAUGUGAUUCAGUAUUGAUUUACCCUUUGUACAUCUUGCUGUCAUCCAGAAUGACUGCAGGUCAAAGAGCAUGUAAACUGGCAGAACGAGUCCUAGUUAAACCCUUUACCUAUAAGACUCUGACUCUGAUAGGCUUUCUGACCUCCGAUGACACCAAAUACUCAGAAUUUAGUGUUCUGUGAUUGAGAUUCAGAUACCAAUCCAAAGUUUCCUCCUGUGCAUCGUUAUGGCAAACGUGUGGUCCAACAACCAGUCUAGAUAACCGUCUCCUGUGUUACACUAGUUGCAGUUGCAGAGUACACAAACAUCUUUGGUAAUAAAUAAAUUACUGGUACAACAGAAUAUAUGUAAAAAUGACACAUGUAAAUGUUUCGAAUUUUCUCCUCCUACUCAAAGCAACGGCUGCUAACUCACAACAUUGAGUUUUACAUGUCUAGUCAGAACACAUGAAACUGUUUAUCUUGUACUGUUCUGCACCCAGUUCACCAGCAUUAAAAAUGAUUAAUAUGAACAUCA